GGGAGAAGAAGAUUGUGGACUUGUUUCUGCCAAAGGAAAAGCAAAAGCAAUCUAUACGAGGUUGUGGUGUGUUUGGAAGGAUAUAAUAUAGGUUCUGAUGGGUUUUGAGGGUUGGGUUUGUUGAAGCUUUGAAGAUAUAGUUUGGGAAGUAGUUUUCUGGGCUAAUGAGUCGAGAAUUAAAGAAAGUGAAGCAGGACAAGGGCUCUGAUGCUGCCGAGAAGGUGGUUGUCGCCGUUAAGGCGUCGAAGGAAAUUCCUCGGACAGCUUUGGUGUGGGCUUUGACUCAUGUUGUUCAACCUGGGGUUUGCAUCACAUUGCUUGUGGUGGUUCCUUCGCAAAGUGCCGGUAGAAAAUUAUGGGGUUUCCCAAGAUUUGCAGGAGACUGUGCCAGUGGCCACCGGAGAUCUCAUUCAGGGACAAGUUCAGAACAGAAAUCAGAUAUCACAGAUUCCUGCUCGCAAAUGAUCCUCCAGCUCCAUGACGUUUAUGAUCCUAAUAAGAUAAAUGUGAAGAUAAAAAUUGUUUCUGGAUCACCAUGUGGAGCCGUGGCUGCAGAGGCCAAGAGAACUCAAGCUAAUUGGGUUGUAUUGGAUAAACAGCUCAAGCAUGAGGAAAAACGGUGCUUGGAUGAGCUGCAGUGCAAUAUCGUAGUUAUGAAGCGAUCCCAACCAAAAGUUCUCCGUCUAAACUUAGUUGGAUCGCCUAAAAAAGAGCCUGAAGCAGCAUGUCCGUUACCUGUUGAUCAGUCAUCUGAGAAACAAGAAGAAAGCAAAAGUGCUUCUUUGAGUUCCAUGCGAGGACCAGUUGUUACUCCAACUAGUAGUCCUGAGCCAUUUACAGCAACAGAAGCUGGAACUUCAUCAGUUUCGAGCUCCGAUCCAGGAACUUCACCAUUUCUCAUCCCUCAAUUAAAUGGAGACUUCAAGAAAGAGGAACUGUUGGCUACAAAAGAAGACCAGGAUUGUGGUGAGUCUAGCUCAGACACAGACAGUGGAGACUUAUCUCCGUCUUCCUCAGGCUUUGGAUUCCAACCGUGGAUGGCAGACAUUGUCAAUUCUCAUUGCCAAACAGGACAAACUAUGGAUGGAAGAUCACAAAGAUCUAAGAACCGGGUUCAAAAUUCUACAACAAAGUCCUUGCUAGAGAAGUUCCCUAAAUUUGAUCGGGACGCUGGAUUUGGAAUGCCGAACUAUAGGCCCAAUCUGGAAUUCAGCGGAAAUGUGAGAGAAGCGAUUUCGUUAUCCCGAAAUGCCCCUCUUGGCCCCCCUCCCUUGUGCUCAAUAUGUCAGCACAAGGCACCUGUAUUCGGAAAACCUCCAAGAUGGUUCACGUAUGCUGAGCUGGAGCUUGCUACAGGAGGAUUUUCACAGGCAAAUUUCUUGGCCGAAGGAGGGUAUGGAUCUGUCCACAGGGGAGUCCUCCCAGAUGGACAGGCUGUCGCCGUCAAGCAACACAAACUAGCAAGUUCUCAGGGGGAUCAAGAAUUUUGCUCUGAAGUGGAAGUCUUGAGCUGUGCUCAGCACCGAAAUGUUGUUAUGUUGAUUGGCUUCUGCAUUGAGGAUGGACGGAGGUUACUAGUUUAUGAAUAUAUAUGCAAUGGGUCGUUGGAUUCUCAUCUUUAUGGGCCUCAUCUUGAUCCAUUGGCGUGGUCUGCACGCCAAAAAAUUGCUGUUGGAGCUGCUCGAGGGCUGCGAUAUUUACAUGAAGAAUGCAGAGUGGGCUGCAUUGUACACCGUGAUAUGCGGCCAAAUAACAUUCUCAUCACCCAUGAUUUUGAACCUCUAGUUGGAGACUUUGGCCUGGCAAGGUGGCAACCUGAUGGAGACACGGGAGUGGAAACAAGAGUAAUUGGAACAUUCGGAUAUUUAGCUCCAGAAUAUGCUCAAAGCGGCCAGAUCACCGAAAAAGCCGACGUUUAUUCUUUUGGUGUGGUAUUGGUGGAGCUGGUCACUGGACGGAAAGCAGUGGAUCUUAACCGGCCCAAGGGCCAGCAGUUCCUCACAGAAUGGGCUCGUCCAUUAUUGGAAGAUUGUGUCAUCGAUGAAUUGGUUGACCCUCGGCUAGGAAACCACUAUUCAGAACUUGAGGUCUAUUGCAUGUUGCACGCUGCAUCCUUGUGUAUUAGGCGAGAUCCUCAUUCCAGGCCCCGCAUGUCGCAGGUGCUGCGCAUACUCGAGGGCGACUUGAUCAUGGACUUAAAUCACAUGUCAACCCCUGGAUCAGUAGGCAGCCGGAGUGGUAGGAUCUGGUCAGAUCAGCAGCAAAAACAGCCGCAUAGUGGUCCACUACUGAAUGAACCAUUGGAAGGUUUUAGCGGGAAGCUCUCCCUCGACAACACCGAAAGGCCUAGUUUCUGGGAAAGGGAUAAAACCAAGAGGACGUCCUGUGAGGAUAUUUUGUGAAGAGCUCCCUGCAAUCAACUGUAUGCACGAUAUGACGAAGAUGUAAUUUUUCAUCUGUUACUCUUAUUAGCUUCAGUUUUGUCCAAUGCGAUGUAGGUUUCGUCUCUUUGUGUAAAGGCCAGGGUAGUAGGCAAGUAAUAUUUUGUUACUUACUCAGAAUGAACUGAAAGUCCGAAAGCAAGUUGCAAGGUUACAAAUUUGAUGAAUAUAUAUGUUUUCUCAUUAGAUCAAGUAGACAAUUGGCUUGUUAUUCCCUUCACUUUUAUUGUUCUUUGGACAUCCCUUCUUCUUCAAGACUUCAGUAUUUUC